AAUACGACCAAAACAGACGAUUCCUUCCCGGCAGGUGAACCUAUUGGAUAACUUUACAGUAAUGAGAGCGUGAAACAAUGCUGCAGCCAGAUAUGUUCCAACUUAUGACGGCGGGAGAUGUUUCAGUAAGAGGCUGUCAUGAAGAGAGUCCGACAGGAGCCUCGGAGAAGCAGCAGAAGCGGAGGCAGAGUGAGUCUGAGGAGGGAAACCCGUUCAGCUUCUCCCCGCAGCGCCUCCACCUGCACCGGGACCACGAGCUGUUCGAGGAUGGAGACAUUCUGAGACACAUGUACCUGCAAGACCUUUACAUCUUGGAGGCAGAAGACAAGCCAACACUCAGUGUGUCAGAGUUCGCAUGUCACAUCUCAGGCUGCAGUUCAGUCUUCAGUACACUGGAGGAGUACGAGCACCACUAUAACUCCUUGCAUAGACAUGUGUGCUGCUCAUGCCGUCGCUCCCUGCCAAAUGCCCGACUCCUAGAUAUUCACAUUCAGGAGUGGCACGAUUCUCUCUUCACUAUCCUCGCCCAGAGGCAAGACAUGUACCAAUGUUUGGUGGAGGGCUGUGGACAGAAGUUCAGGACUACUCAACACCGAAAAGACCAUCUAAUAAGAAUUCACAAAUAUCCUCCAGACUUCAGAUUUGACAAAACCAAAAAGGACAAAAGAACCCGUGAGACGAAGACACAGCAGCAGAAGGAUGCAGCCAUGGAGGUAGUGGACGAUGUGUGUGAGUCUGAGGGUGUGUGUGACGUUAUGUGUAAUGUGCUGUCAGACCAACCUGAGCAUGAGGAAUCCAUGGAGACACAUGCAUCUGAGGAAGAAGCUGCUCGCUUGGCAAAGUCGACCGAGGAUCUUCCUGCUGCCGCUCAGGGCUCAGACAGUACAAGCAGCGCACCAGCAAAAGCACAAUACUCUUACAGGGUCCCUCCAGCCGUUUGCUUUGGUCACGGCUCCGUCCGAGGCUUCAGAGGACGGCGGGGAAGGAGGAAAUGAAAAAAACAGAAUUCAGCCUUUUGCUUACUGUCUUCUGAGGUUUACAACUUUAUACCUUUAUACCUUUUAACAGAAUGUAUUUACUGUCAUAUGUGUCCUUAACUUAUAAUAAAAGGUUUUUUUGCAAUAUAAAAAAA